CGCUUCCAGAAUCGAACAAAGCUCCGCCAGCUCCCUUUCGUCUCGGCAUUCUCACUGCUCGACAAAGAGCUCUUCCACGGGCCCCUGCCUGCUAACUUUUUCCGCGACUGCAUGCAUUCAACGGCCCUGCGAUGAUGCCCAGGCACUCUCACGCUCAUUCUAAUGGGCACGCGUAUGCUCCCAGCAAUACUUUUUCUAUUUCCCCUCAUAGAUUUCAACCCAGAACACGACCAGCGUUACGAUGGCGACGGCAAUUAAUACUCAAGAUCGGAGGCAUGGCCUUGAUCUCUUCCGUCAUUCUCCUCCUUAUAUUUCCUUCCUUCCGGGAUAUCCUCUUGCCGUCACUAGGCCUGGGUUUCAUCCUACGGGACGACCCGCUACUCAGCACCGUCAGACACUACGAUCUUGGCGAUGUUCAGGGCACGGCGCGCGGAUGGGAGAAGGGCGAGCGGAUUUUGUUCUGUGUUCCUCUCCGUGAUGCGGAGGCACAUCUUCCAAUGUUCUUUGCGCACAUGCGUAACUUCACUUAUCCGCACCACCUGAUCGAUCUCGCAUUCCUGGUGUCGGAUUCCAAGGACAAGACGCUGCCGAAGUUGACCGAGUAUCUCGAGGCGCUUCAGAACGAUCCGGAUGAUAAGAUUCCCUACGGAGAGAUCUCGCUCAUCGAGAAGGACUUCGGCCAGAAGGUCAAGCAGGAUGUCGAGAACAGACAUGGCUUCGCUGCUCAGGCUAGCAGGAGAAAAACCAUGGCCCAGGCUCGCAAUUGGCUACUGAGCGCUGCAUUGAGGCCGCACCAUUCUUGGGUUUACUGGAGGGAUGCCGACGUGGAGACUGCUCCGCCGACUAUCCUAGAGGAUCUCAUGAGGCAUAAUAAGGAUGUCAUCGUACCGAAUGUCUGGCGUCCUCUGCCUGACUGGCUUGGCGGCGAGCAGCCUUACGACUUGAAUUCCUGGCAAGAAUCUGAAACAGCACUCGCCCUUGCCGAUACCCUCGAUGAGGAUGCAGUUAUCGUCGAAGGGUACGCCGAAUACGCCACCUGGCGUCCCCACUUGGCCUACCUCCGCGACCCCUACGGUGACCCAGACGUCGAGAUGGAAAUCGACGGAGUCGGCGGUGUCAGUAUCCUGGCCAAGGCCAAAGUUUUCCGAGCAGGCGUCCACUUCCCCGCCUUCUCGUUCCAGAAACACGCGGAAACGGAAGGUUUCGGCAAGAUGGCGAAGCGCAUGCGCUUCUCGGUCGUCGGACUCCCGCAUUACGUUAUCUGGCAUCUCUACGAGCCCUCGGCCGACGACCUCAAGCACAUGGAGCGCAUGGAGGAAGAGCGCAAGACCAAGGAGGCCGCCGAAAAGGCCGAGAAGGAACGCAUUGCGAAGCUCCUCGAGAACUACGACAUCCCCAAGGACCAGUGGGAGGAAGAUAAGCGCAAGAUCGAUGAGGUCAAGAAGGCUGAGGAACUUAAGAAGGCCGCGAAGCCGCUUGUCGGAGGCGCCGCCGGACCCCAUGCUCAUGCGGGCGAGGGCGAAGCUAUUGCACCCGUGCAAGAUGCCGCUGCCGCAGCCAAGGUCAAUCCUCAGGCAAAUGAAAACGGACUCGUCGACACUGCCGGAAAUAAUGUGGAAAAGAAGGUUGCAGCAUAGAGGAGUUGAGUGUAGUGGUUUCGAUUCAAUCUAUAUAUCAUGUGUAUUAUUGCUUUUUUUCCUCGCCGCCGCUCUUUGGAUGGGAUCUAUAAUGAAAAAUCCUUGGGACGAGCUGCUGAAGGAAGGCAUUCUGCUAUAGAUGAGGUGAUGGGUACCGACUGUACAUUAUGUGACUUUGCUGCAAAAUGCGGUGACUGACUGUAAUGUGGUCCUGUAAUUUUCUCUUGUACGAUUGUUGAUACGAAAUGGAUACAUUUUUGCCUUUGCUAGGUGCUUUACUGUUCAUUUAUUGCAUACGAUCUAUCUAA